AAACGACUCGGUCUGCGGAACUACGAACUAAACAACAGUUCUUCUACUAAUUAAUCAUUCAAUUUUCAAUUACUUAAACAAAUUUGAAUCAAAUAUUCGAUAUUUGACGUCAUCACUUUCUGUGAACAAUGAAUGCUGGAGUUAUGGAAUACGCCCGACUCGUGUUGAUACUGGUCUCCAUAGAAACACAUAUGGCCCUACUCGCCCCUAAACCCUGGGAGUACCAAUCUAUCGGGGAGUUCAGCAUGUCAGAUGAACAGGAGCUCGAGAAAACUGACUACAGAUACAUCGGUUAUAAGAAAGCUGAAUCCAACAACAUAUUUCAUAACGACAGCCUCAUCAGUCGGAUCCAGUUGUUGAUGGAUGAAGCGACGGACCGUCUUAUUGUAGGGGGAACAGAUAUGUUGUUUGAUUUGGAUAUGAAAACAAUGAAGACUACCCAGACAGUGGAAUGGAAAUUUAGAGAUGAAGUCUUAUGUGAGACCCGGAAUUUACCUAAGGAAAAGUGCCGGAACUACAUUCGUGUAUUGAUACCUUAUGAAGACGAUAAAAUCUUUGUCUGUGGUACACACAGCUACGCCCCACAGUGCACUAUCAGAAAAACCGAUAAUCUUCACAUCAUACUUCGAAAAACAACCGACUCGGGUUAUUGCCCCUUCAGCCCGGAACACAACUCCGUUGUUGUCAUGACGAAAAAAUUGGACGCGUUCAGCGCUUCUGCGACGAAUCCACAGGAUCGUUACGCGUUCAUCGUUAAGAGGGCCCACAACGGUGAAGUUCUGAUUACACCAAAGUUAAAUUCUUUCUGGCUGAAUACUCGGAGUUUUGUUUCUGCUUAUGAGAUCAAUGACUUUGUGUACUUUUUCUUCAAAGAGGAGGCUGUAGAGAAUAUAAACUGUGGAAAGGUGGUUUUUUCAAGAGUUGCUAGAGUGUGCAAGUAUGACGAAGGAUCAGGCAUAACCGUAUCAGACACAGAAUUAGCACAUAACAAAGGAGUUGGCACCUGGACUACAUUUUUAAAAACAAGACUCAAUUGCUCUUUGCCAGGGGAAUACCCCUUUUACUUUGAUGAGCUUCAGUCAACGUAUUACUCAGAAGACAAGAAGUUGGUGUAUGGUGUGUUUACAACACCCAAGAAUGGCAUGGCGGGUUCAGCUGUUUGUGUAUAUAGUAUGACAAGCUUUCAAAAUGCUUUUGAAAGCCCAUUUAAGUUUCAAGAACACUACAAUAGUUUAUGGCUAGCCAAGCCUAACAACAACAGUAGACAGUGUGCAGAAAAUAAAAAAUCGCAGAUUAAAAGAAGACCAGGCGAGGGACCUGGAAAUGAUGUGCUAAUGGAUCAGGCAGCCAUGCCAAAAAAUAAUCAACCUCUUAUUAUGACACGAAAUGAAAGAUGGAACCAAAUUGUAGUACACCACCUGACAUCUAAAGGAAAACAAUUUGAAAUCAUAUUCCUGGCUACUGAGGAAGGCAAAAUUCUUAAAAUGAUGAAAAAUCCAAAGGCAGAAGAAGUCUGUCUUAUUGAAGAACUCCACGUAGUGCCCAACAAAAGUGACGUAAUACAGAACAUGAAACUUUCCAAAGCUCACAACUCUCUUUUCAUUGCGAUUAGAGAAAACAUCAUCAAAAUCCCCCUGCAGCGCUGUGAGAGGCUUAGUACAAAGAAGAUCUGUAUAGCUGCCCAAGACCCCUACUGUGGCUGGCAUAACAAAGAUAAGAAGUGCACCCCAGAGCCACCAAGCCCGAAUGAUCUUAAACAAUGGGAACAGAAAAUUGAAGGAUGCCCUGAUAUAAAGUCACAAAAAAAGACAGAAAAGACAGAAAAAACAAAUAUAGGAGAUUGGUCUGAUUGGAUCAACACAAACAUGACCAACACUGGUCACUUCCAGCAGCGGUUCCGCUUCAAGUGCACAGCUCCAGUUGAUAACGCUGAUGAUAUUAAUAUAACAUUUGCAGAAAGCCAGGAGCAGUUCUGUCCCAAGAAAACCAAUAAGUGCAGCAACGUAGACGACAAAACAUCGACUAGGCGUCCGAAAAAAACCUAGGACAGAACUCUCUACCAAAAAGAAUUUUAACAUUAAAGUAUUAAUACAUUUCUGAUAUGUAUUUAGAAUAUUUAAUUUCUUUAAUUAAAAAUUUUUGUCAAGCAUUUCAUGUUUUCCGCUCAAUUAUAAUCUUUCUUAAUGAACUUACCUUUUUUUAGGAAGGGGUCAUUUCUUUAUUCUAAGGAAAUUUGUACUUUAUUUUUAAUAAUUUAGUUAUAUUUAGUAUAAUAGCAAAGGUCUAUUUCACUCCUAUAAUUGUUAUGAUACCUGUAAGCUAUAAUUUAACUUUAAAUAGAAAUUUACUGUAACUUUAUGAAGAUUCAAAAUUUGUAAAUGUAAUAUUUUUUUUUGCUCAUUGAUUAGAGUUAAAAUUAAUAAUAACACUAGCAUUGGAUUUCGUUUUUAGGGGUCAUUCAUUUAUGUCUUUAAAAAAUCUAACAUUUAGAAACACCACUCAUUCCCUAAGAUGUUGUGAUCCACAAGAUUUAAUUUGAAAAUUAUACAUAUGUAUACAAAUACUUCUGUAUAUACAUUGAAAACUGUGUAUGUGCACGUAGCAGUGCUGUCUUUUUAUCGAAUGUUACAAGUAAAAUUUAAAAUGAGUCGUAAAAAAAUCUACUUUUUUUACAGCCUUUCUCCAUUAUGUGAUAAACAUAAAUGAUUGACCCUUUUAAACUGCUGUAACUGUUCAAACAAUACAUCUUGUUGAUUCUCUGUCUUCCACAAAAAACCAAAACAUAAAAAUUUUGCUAUUGCAAAUAAAAUAUUUCUUCACAAUUUUAAUCUUUUAAUGUUAAACGUCUCCUAUUUCUUGAAGGAAGGUAAUCUUUUUCAAAUAUUUUUUCAAUUAGAUAUAUGAAGCGUGCAGGUUUCUAUAUGCUAAACACCUAGUUAAUAUUCCAUUUAAGCUGUGAUCACUGAUCUUAUAAACAACUGUAGAUAAAUGACUGAUAUUAAAUAAUUAAGAUUACCUAUAUUCUAAAUGCAUAUCAACAAUUGUUUAUAAACUAUACAUAGUUUUAAUAUCUGAACUUAAUUUUUAUCCAAAUAGUUGCAUGAAUUUAUAAAAUAUAUCUCGUUAUAUUCUGGCACUGACAGUUUUUACUAGAAGAUCUGACAAUUACCUGGCACUGCAUGUUCUCUCUAUGUUCACUCUAGUUACCCUACUGCUGGUAUACAAACUUAUCUGAUACACCUUUGUGAUUCCAAACCACAGUUUAGGGGAGAUAACUCCCGCUUUAUUUUUGUUUGUUUUAUGUGAUUGUUAAAUUAUUUAAUGUUUUGUUCCAAUGUCAAUUCCAUUAUUUUGAAUUAUUUUUGCAAAAAAAAAAAAAAAAUCUUGGUAAAAAAAAUUUUCUCCAUUAUUAUUGGGUUAAGGUAAUUUUUGUUCUCUAUAAUAAUAAUUUUAAAAUUAAAUUCCGAAUAAAAUUUUCUUUCUCA